GAGUUGUCAUAUUGUCAUUCCAAAAUUGGUUUCAACUUUCAAGAGUCAAUUGGAAUAUUGUAAAUCGUAAUAAAGAAUAAUUACUUUCAUCAUGUCAGAAUUGAAAAAUCGGAAAAGAUUUGAGAAAAAACAACAUUCUACAGAAGAUGAAUUUGAAUAUGAUGAUACAAUGACAAAACCUCAUGCAGUUCCAAUAGUUGUGGCAGAUGAAAAUCAUUCUUUCAAAUUAGAUGAGGAGGCCCUUAAGAAAGUUUUGAUGAAAGAAGACUUGAAGGAUAGAUUUGUGGUUGUAAUAUCAGUAGCUGGUGCUUUUCGUCAUGGCAAAUCCUUUUUGCUGGACUUCUUCUUAAGAUACAUGAAUGCUAAGUAUGUCUUGAAACAAAAUACAUCAGAAUGGAUUGGUUCAGAAGAUGCUCCUUUAGAAGGUUUUUCUUGGAAAGGAGGCUCAGAAAGGGAUACUACUGGAAUUCUAAUGUGGUCUGAUGUCCACACCACAGAACUCAGCACUGGAGAAAAGAUAGCUGUUAUAUUACUAGAUACACAAGGAACAUGGGAUAGCAAAAGUACAGUUAAAGAAUGUGCUACAAUAUUUGCUUUAAGUACAAUGCUGAGCUCAGUGCAAAUUUAUAACUUAUCAAGUAACAUACAAGAAGAUGAUUUACAACAUCUGCAGCUAUUCACUGAAUAUGGAAGAUUGGCGCUGGCAGAUUCUGGAACUACACCUUUCCAGAGAUUACAAUUUCUAGUCAGGGAUUGGCGCUUCCCAUAUGAAGCUCCUUAUGGUGCUGUAGGUGGUCAACAAAUUUUACAAAAACGUUUAGAAGUGAAUGAACAUCAACACAGUGAAUUACAAUCUUUAAGAAGACACAUUAGCUCUUGCUUUACUGAAAUUGCUUGUUUCUUGAUGCCACAUCCAGGCAUUAAAGUUGCAACAAGUCCAACUUUUGAUGGUCGACUCACAGAAAUUGAUAGUGAAUUCAAGGACAAUUUGAAAGUGCUUGUACCAAUGCUGUUAGCUCCAGAAAAUUUAGUACUCAAAAAAAUUAACGGAGAUAAAGUUAAAGUCAGAGAUUUUGUACAAUAUUUCAAAUCCUAUAUGCAGAUAUAUGAAGGAAAUGAAUUACCAGAACCAAAAUCUAUGCUUGUGGCCACUGCAGAAGCAAAUAAUUUAGCAGCUGUUGCUGAUGCGAAAGAAGCUUAUGUUAACAUGAUGGAGGAGGUCUGUGGAGGAACUAAACCCUACCUUAAAACAGAAUUAAUUGAAAGUGAACAUCAAAGAGUUAAAGACAAAGCAAUACAACAAUUCAAUGCCAAGAAGAAAAUGGGGGGUGAAGAAUUUAGUUUGACUUAUAAGGAUCAACUAGAAAAGGAUAUUGAAGAGACAUUUACUCAGUUCAAAGCUCACAAUGAAAGCAAAAAUAUCUUUAAGUCAGCCAGAACCCCUGCCGUAUUUUUUGCAUUAGCUGUUAUGUGCUAUAUCCUGUCUGGUAUAUUUGGAUUCAUUGGAAUCUAUUCAAUUGCUAAUCUUUGUAAUAUGUUGAUGGCGGUGGCAUUCCUUACAUUAGGUACAUGGGCUUAUGUGAGAUACAGUGGUGAAAUGAGGGAAAUUGGAUCAUACAUAGACGAAACAGCAAACUUUAUUUGGGAAAACCAUGCCUAUUUCAAAAAACGAAAACUAAGAAAACAGCUGGUUGAAGACCGUCAUCCAAGGUUACCUAGAAAACGGUAUGCAACAGGUGGCUGCAGAAGUAGCUGAACGAACAUUAAGGAACGCCACACAAGUAGCAGCGAAUGGUGGUAAAAAAGAUGCAUGAUUAGUAUGUUUUAUUUAUAUGCGUGAGUUAUUCAAAAUUCCCAAUGCUACUGCUAUGUUACAUAUAUCAUCAAAUUUGGGGACAUAAAACUGUACCUAAAUAUUGUGUACAGAUUGGAUUGUUAAAUCUUGCCAUCACUUUUUAUUUCUUUAUUUCACAUGUACAGAUUUGUAGCCUUGUGUGUAUGUAUAUAUGUAACAUUAUUUUAUUUUAUAUAUUUUUACAUCCAUAUUGUAUUGUGAUAUCUUGGCAAUGUUGGUAUUAGAAUAAAUCUUUUUUAUUAUUUAUUAUUUUAUAUGGUAUAAUUAAUUCUUUAAUUUUAAUUUUGGAAAAUCAAUAAAAAAUGGGAAAAAUAAGCAUUUACAUUAGGAAAGGUAUUAGUUCUGGCUCAAUAAUGACAUUGAACAAGAACUUUUUAUGGGAAAAAAUAAUUAAAAUAAAAAAAAUCAUAUCCACAUCCUAUUCAUUGUAAGUAAAGUAAUAAACAUGUCUAAAUCUUUUUCCAAUAAUAAAAUUAUUUUCUUAUAUAUUUUUUCUCUCAUAAUCAUAUUUUUAUAUAUACAUGGUGGUAAUGGUCAAUAAUUAUUGUGUCCUUCACUUGAAACAAGAUAGUUGAUUAGUUUUGUUAUAACUUUAUAUUUUCUUAUACUUAUAUUCUUUUGCAUUUUUUCAUUUAUUUUAUUUUUCAUUAGAUUGUACUUGUGUUAUAUCUGUGAAGAAUUCUUUAUACAUAAAAUCAUUAUUUUAUACAAACUUCAGCCCCUAGAUAAUAUACAAAAUUACCAACCAUGUCUAUUGUCGGCCAUUGUCAUUACAAAAGUCUCACUCUGUUUUCGAUUUUUGUUUUGUUGAUCACAAAUUUAAUUAUUCAAUUAUCAAAAAGUGUACAAAAAUAGAAUGCUCCCUAGUUUUACAUCAAAAUUUUAAAUUCUUUAUUGUUGUAAUAUUAUAAUAUAAAUAAUCAACUGUUAAAUAUUGGAAUAAUAACUGCCAUUAACACUAUUCUUUAUUCCUGUAUAUAUUUAUGUGAAUCUGUAACAUUUUAAUACUUAAAAUCUUGGUCUAAGUAUUUUUAAUAUGAAAAGAAAACUUUUUUAACAUAAAAUAUAGGCUUUUAAUCUGAAAGUUUGAAAAGUAAAUGGCAGCUAUCAACUGAUUAUCAUAUUUCUCUAAAUUAUACUAAAUCAGGAAAGUAGGAUGGUUGUGAACAAUCAUAUACUUUCAUUUUCUUACAAGAACUUUGGGAUCAUUAUUGUAAUAUUUACUUGCUUUUUCUAUAAGAAUUCUUAUCUUCUGGAUUAAUUUACCUCAAGAUAUAGAAUAAGAAAUAAAAUAUAAAAUGACACUAUUUGGAAAUCAUCUAGAAUGUUAACAAUGAUAGAUUAUUGACUAAUGUGGUACAUCAUGAUUUGAAGGAGAAAUGUGAAAACUAUGUAGCAGGCAAAAUCUGUAAAAAACAAAAUAUACAAAAAGAAACUAAAUUGUACAAAACAUUUCACCAAUAAGGUUAUAAUUGAAUAAUUUCAGAAAAGAAAUUUAAAAAAAUGGAAAAACAACUAAAUUGAGAUUAUUAGAGCCGUUGAUAAUGUUUAUACACCUGAUACUUCUACAUCAACACACUAUCUGGUCUUUCGAGCCGGAUAUGAACCAGAGACCUAUGGAAGAUUCGUGUUAAUGUAGGGGUAGUAAACAUUGUGUUCGAUAAGAAGAAAAGGAGGUAGAAGAUUACAUAAAUUUAGUAUAAAUGGAGAGCCUGCCAAUAUUCAAAACCUGAAAAAAAUCAUCCUUUUCUGAUUAAUUUGUUGUCCAGUCCUAGGUUAAGAAUUGUAUUAACGUUUUUAAAUUGUUUUCAUGAUAGACGGAAUUUGAAAUCUUUAUAGCUAUUGACUUUAUUUUAUGUUGAAAAGGUUCAAUUCAUUGUUUAAAAACAGUUUAUGCAUUCAAUGUUCCUCUUGAAAUGGCAUCUAUUAGUAAAAAAUAAAUUAUAGUUGAUUUAGAAGUAAAGAAUAUUAGGAGUUUAUUUUUCUGUGGAUGAAAAAUUUUUACUUUAGCAAAUAGUUUGGUAUAUAGUUUGUAAAUUACUGGUGCCAAUAUUUUUUUAAACAACUAUAGUGACAUGCAAUUAAAUAUACACUAGAGAAUAUUUUGUCUAUAAAAGGUCUCUCAUUUUUUUUAUUGUGUAGAGGUGUCCAUAAUUUUAUUAGGUAGGUAUAUGUGCAGCUUUGUUAUCCCUGCCGUCAUUCAAUUUUGAAGAAUGUAACAGUGGUUUUUAUGGAAAUUCAUAUUUGAUGAAAGUUUGAAUUUAAUUAUUUGGGAACCAUAAUAAAUUAAAUAAUAUAUAAACUUUUUUGGUAAACUAAAUUAUUUGUAUGUUCUUAAAAUUUUCUCUAAUUCAUAGUCUUCCACUUCUGUUGUGUGUUGUUCUAUUAGAUCUUCAUGCUUACCAUCUUGAUUUUGUUAAAGGGUAUUUAUAAGCAAAUAGCUCAGACAAAUUUAUUAAAAUGUUUGAGGCCAAGGGGCUUUUCGACAUACACCAUACACAGGUGCUUAGUAAACUUAUUUGUUUCUUACAAUUAAGCACAUCUUAGAGUUAGCAGUAUUGGAUGAUGACUGAAUCUCUUUUUUAGGUUUCUAAACUUAUUUAUGUAUAAACAAAUUUUCUUGUUUGAAACAUUUUAUCUAUAGGUAUAACUAUAUGUGUCAAUAUGAAAAGAAAUUUUAGCAAAAAUAUUUCAAGAUCACACAAAUCAGCAGGUUAUAAAUUCUUCCAAAAUUGAUACUUGUAAUACCAUUUAUUCAAAGUGAAAUAUUACUUUUGUGCCAGAGAAAAUGGAAUUUCUUUUCAUGUAAUGAUUAUUUCUAAUAUUUUUGAAAUUAUUUAUUUAUUAUAUUUGUUCUUCAUCUAGGCAAGUCUAGUUUUCAGGAUAAAAUACACAAUAACCAAUUUUAAUAUUAUUUUCCUGUCUUUUGAUUUAGACCAUUAUAAUUAAUCGUUAUAAAUUGAACAUUAGAUAUAUUUCAUUAGGGGUUACAUUAGAGUGAAACUUUUCGUCUUAUAUAGAUCGCCUUCUAGCUCCAGAUUUCUAAUGAACUCCAGUAUCUGUGCUGGCUUCAAAGUGGUUACAUUUUUGCUUCUACAUUUUCCAUCUAAAGUAUAUACAUGCAAAGGUGAAGAAUUUUAGAAGGUGAACUGGAGUUUUAUCCUUCUCCACAAAAAAUCUUAAUCAAUUUCUUUUAGAUCAAAUCAACCAAUAGUAUUGGUUUCCUCCUUUUUCCCACAAACCUUAGUGUUUUCUUAAACCACAAAUAAGCUCCGAUUCAACUAAAGGCGUUUGUAUGUCUAAAUGUCUAAAAACUAUUAUACUUGCCUAUUUCAUUAAAUUUUUUUCUUUCAGCAUUUUCAAAAAUUCAUGGGAUUGUGAGCUAUAUAUUUUCUAAUAAUAGUAUCGAUAUUCUACUAGAAAUAGAGUUGGUGUGGUGAAAAAUUUGCAACUUACAGAAUUGCAACAAAUCAAAAUAAAAAUUUCAGGUGAAGUUCUUGCUUAUUUCAAAGCAUUGUAUUGUAAGAGAAAUAAUCCUCAAUUUACGAGUGCGUUCUUGAAUUUUUUUUUUCAAUGGAGUUCUAAUUAACUGGAAAAAGUUGUCGUGUGUAUUGUUUCUAGCAUAUAAUUGUCGUUUUUAACUGUGGCAAUGAAUGACAAUUAAUUGGUGUUAACUCUUUGGUUUUAUUUUUACUUAACAUAAAUCUUUGGUCAGCCUUUUCGUUUAUUUUCUCCUCCGCCAGGGGCAUAUGAAUUAUACUAAAAAAAUAUGCAACAGAAUUAUAGUUUUUUUAAUUAGAAUUUAUUCCAACUAUUAUCAAUUAAACUGAUACGAUAAAGCUUAUUUAAUACUAUGUACUUUUCCAUUUAAAUUUCUAUUUAACAAUAAUUAAUACUUAGCUCAGCUAUAGAUUAUGCGAAUUGGUAGAGUUCGAGGUGCUUUUUGUCAUCUAAUGCCAAAUGGUGUCGAUAGGGAGUUGAUCGGGACUAUUUGAAGGCUAGUUUAAAACAGGAAUAUUCAAUCCCCUGCAUAUGUUUUUGCUGUCUAGUAGGAUACACCAUUUUGUCAAAUUGAUUCCCCCAUUUAGCGAUUGAAUUUCAUUAAAGUAAUAAUUCAUAUACUUUACAUCAUUGACAUUACCAUCAAUACAAAAUAGAUGUCCAAUUCCUUUCAAGGACAUUCUAAUAACUCUAGUUCGUGUUCCAGUCCUCUUUGUCUAUUUCUCCGUUGAAGUGGUUUAGCUAUUGCUUGUAAAAUUUUUUUUUGUAGAAUCCAUGUCUUCUAAUUCUCCAAAAAACAAGUGUCUUGAAAUUGGUCUUCUAAUUGCGUGGCCCUAUUUUACAAUCUAUUCUCAAGAAGAAGCUCGGCAAUCUUGUCGAUUGGUUACAAAGAAUAACUCAGCAUAAAAAGUUAAAGGAAAAAUGUAAAAAAAUCAAUUUAUUGAAAAUUAUAACCGGUAACCGGUACUAGUCCCUUAAAUUGUGAAAUUUUAUUUCUCACUGUUCCUUGAGGAAUACUGAAAUUACAAAUGAUUUGCAAAGUCCUUUAUUAUUGGCCGCAAAAAGCAAUUUCAUAACUCGUUGGAUAAAUACUUUUCCACGAAUCAUUUUAACUUGUAAAUAAAUUAAAUCACUCAAUAUUAUAAAUGUCUUGGAUGAUUGAGUUUACUUGACAGAACCACAAAAUAAGCCUAGUCGAAUUUGUUGAAUUUAUGAUAAUUAAUUAAAAACCAUAUGACUAACAUUUUGUUGCAUAUUUGUUCUUGCCCAACUUAUACGCGUAGAGGUUCGUAUAAUCUAGAGCUAAGGGAAUAAGUAUAAUCCUUAAGAGCUACAAAGUAAGAAGAAAUCGUAUUCUGUCGCAAAAAAGUUACUCACAUGCGUAAUAUUUUAAAUUUGUAUUGAAAAUAUUAUUUGCAUGUUUAAUAAUAUGUUAAUGGUAUUUUUAUAUUGUUGUAAGUACUGACAUUGCAAUAUUUGUUACACCGAAGUGCCUCAUUAACUAACAUCUAUAUAUUUAGUGUUAAUGUAUACAUAUGGAUAGGUAUGUCUGUAUGUAUAUUUAUACACUGUUUUUUGUCUUACACCAGAAAUUCAUUAUGUUGUUUCUUUUAGCCAUUUGAAAAGCCUUUUUUACUUUACAAUUUAGGGUAUUUUCAUAAUCAGAACAGUCUUAAAACUGAUUUAUUAAAAUUGUUAAUUGAUGCUCAAUUUU